UUUCGCCCAUAUGCAAUACUCCGAAGUCCUUGGCAAAGCCAACCUCGAUGAUUCAAGGACAAGUUGCGAACAGCCGUAAGCAUUAAGACCACUUUAAAGCGUAGAAUGGGAACCCACUGACUAUCUUUUUCACAUUAUUCAUGAUUUCGGUUAUGUACUGCCUUUCUUCCCCCUUCUUUUAUCUCGACAUCAAAUCAAGUAUAUAUUGACUUAAGCACCAUCUUUCUAAGUCUCUCUAGUUUUUGUAUAUACCACAAUUUAUUCAUAGCGGGGACUCCAUAGAGCGGUAAUAUAGCAAUGCCCUCUUCAACUACAAACGGAGCCAGCAACGGCUACGGAAAUGGCAGUACAAAUGGCAUCAAUGUGCCGUCCGAUGCGGCGUUCGACUUGACAGUCCUCGGCUUGAACAGCGGGACUUCCAUGGAUGGCAUCGACUGCGCACUCUGCCGAUUUCGACAGGAGACGCCCAGCUCUCCAAUGCAAUUCGAGCUGUUGAAAUACAGCGAAAUCCCUCUCGAGCCGGUAAUCAAGAAACGAGUCAUGAAUAUGAUCCUUCACAAUAAAACCACACCAGAAGAGCUAUCGGAAGUCAAUGUGCUACUGGGAGAGACAUUUGCGUCUGCAGUCAAGGAAUUCACAAAAGAACAUGGGCUUCAACUGACAGAUAUUGAUGUUGUUGGUUCCCACGGACAGACUAUUUGGUUGCUAUCAAUGCCAGAGGAAGGACAAGUCAAGUCUGCUCUCACAAUGGCCGAGGGAUCAUUUAUCGCAGCACGUACCGGUAUUACAACAGUCACGGACUUCAGAGUCUCAGAUCAGGCGGCUGGACGCCAAGGCGCACCUCUCAUCGCCUUUUUCGACGCCCUGGUACUUCAUCACCCCACUAAACUACGAGCUUGCCAGAACAUCGGCGGCAUCGCUAAUGUGUGCUUUAUUCCGCCGGAUCACCAAGGUGGCGUAGACGCUUGUUAUGACUUUGAUACGGGUCCUGGGAACGUUUUCAUUGAUGCCGUAGUACGUCACUAUACAAAUGGUGAGCAGGAAUAUGACAGAGAUGGAAAGAUGGGCAAGGCUGGGCAAGUGGAUCAGGAACUUGUGGACGACUUUAUGAAGCACAAAUACUUUGGUCUGGAGCCACCGAAAACCACAGGGCGGGAAGUUUUUCGAGACACACUCGCCUUCGAAUUUAUCAAGAAGGCAGAGCAGAAGGGGCUGUCACCGAACGACGUGGUGGCGUCGAUUACUAGAGUUACUGCACAAGCUAUCGUUGAUCACUACCAACGUUAUGCGCCAUCGCAAAACAUCGACGAGAUUUUCAUGUGCGGCGGCGGAGCAUACAACCCAAAUAUCGCAGCGUUCAUCCAAAAAAAUUAUCCGAAUACUAAGAUCAUGAUGUUAGAUGCCGCUGGUAUUCCAGGGAGUGCAAAGGAAGCAAUCACCUUUGCAUGGCAGGCUAUGGAAGCUGUCGUCGGACGCUCCAUCCCAGUUCCGACCAGAGUCGAGACAAGACAGGAGUAUGUUUUAGGGAAGGUGUCUCCCGGCAAGAAUUAUAGAGAGGUCAUGAGGAAGGGAAUACUCUUUGGUGGUAAGGCGGAUCAUCUCAGUCCUGUAAAGGAGCUGGUCAACUACGUUGAGGGGAAGGUUUUCGAUAACAAGUGGUGACGAGAUGUUGGGUGACUGUUUCGUAUUCUGUGUAAUUUAGUGAUUACUUUGCGUAGGUAAUUUCUUCGCUUGUGAAAUACAUACAUAUACGUUAAUAUAAUGA